GGACAAAAGAACUAGAUAUAGUCACUGUAUAGAACUCCAUUUCCUCCGUCUCUUGUAGCUGCGAAGCAGGCUUACAGAAACCUUGCAGUCUGCUGCAGUCAACUGUAAAAUGAAAAGAGGCCAGCCCACCGAUUUCUUUCCUCUGGAGCCGGAAAGGUACAAUGUAUGAUGCUGUGGUAUCCCUGGAGCAUUGAUAGUCUUGUGAGUAAUGUUUUGUUCUAUUUAUUUGAAAAAAUAACCAGAUUUCAAUGGUUUUACAAUUAAAGCUAAUCAGGUUAUUUCUGACUGAGCAGGUUUCGGUGAGUCUCCGGUUAUUCUUUUGCGCGUCAGUCUUCACAAACAUUUUGAUUCCAAUCACCUUUUUCUCCUCCGUUGUUUGGUAAGUCUUACUUUCGAGAGAAGUCUUGAUGCUUCGUGCGUACUAAACCUUUUAGAGUCUUCCAAUACAAACCGUGACCUUGAGUGACUGUGUGUGAUAAUCACGUCCUUUUCUAUCAAACGCGAGUUGUUGCGGGUCAUCAGUAACUUAAUAUAUAAAACGUUACCUGCAAAAUGCCUAUGACCGCAUAUCCAAACGUCUUUUUUGUGAAACAAAGUAUUUGAAGUUACAGAUUUUAUGAAUCUGGCCUCUCGACGACCCGUUGGUCUCCGUUGGUGUGAGCGGGUUACCUUUUGAUCAAGAGGAUAAAGGGGACAGAGAAGGCAUCCCCCAUACACACCCUAUUCCAUAGGUAAUUCGUCUCGAGUUAUUUUUAGAAUCGGGAUAAAGUUACCUCGCGCGCUGCGUGGAUGUUUCGUAGAGGUUUCGCAUGACUAAACGCCGUGCAAAACAUGUCGCGCGAAAGGCAAUGAAAUCGUAAAGAGAUCGUAUUCCUGAAUAUUGAAGCGAAAUGAGUCGGCGCUCACCUGGGAAAAGGGAAUCGCUGGACUCUUUGACAACCCGUGAAAUCAGUUUAACUCGAAGUUGUCGUAACCUCAGUGCUUUAAUAAAAUGAGAAAUUUCGCCGGUCUAUUGAAACCGGUCGUUUGUACAAUAAGGUAAGUAGGGCCCCAAGUGUUAUUUUUGUUGAAUAAUAAAAAAACUAAUAAAAGAAUAAAUAUCAAACCACAAAUUGCUCUCUUCAAACUGUAAAUUAAAAAUGAUCCUGAGCAAGAGAGGAUAAAGGGGACAGAGAAGGCAUCCCCCAUACACACCCUAUCCCAUAGGUAAUUCGUCUCGAGUUAUUUUUAGAAUCGGGAUAAAGUUACCUCGCGCGCUGCAUGGAUGUUUCGUGGAGGUUUCGCAUGACUCUACGCCGUGCAAAACAUGUCGGAAAAAAGGCAAUGAAAGCGUAAAGAGAUCGAGAGCAUUUCUGAAUAUUGAAGCGAAAUGAGUCGGCGCUCACCUGGGAAAAGGGAAUCGCUGGACUCUUUGACAACCCGUGAAAUCAGUUUAACUCGAAGUUGUCGUAACCUCAGUGCUUUAAUAAAAUGAGAAAUUUCGCUGGUCGUUUGUACAUAAGGCUAGUAGGACACCAAGUGUUAUUUUUGUUGAAUAAUAAAAGAAUAAUAAAAGAAUAAAUAUCAAACCACAAAUUGCUCUAUUUAAACUGUAAAUUAUAAAUGAUCCUCAGAGAAUAUUCAGUGUGUUAAGGAUUUCCCUGCUGUACUCUUAGCUCUAUGCAAGAGAAGAAGGGCGAUUCUUUUUUAAUUUCCAUUUCGCUGACACCGCUUUAGUAGAAAUCUCUCUUUAGUCGUUUUCGUCGACAAAACGAAUAGCAAUAUCGCUCUCCGCGUCUUCCACCAUUUUUUUCAGCGUCAAUUCGUGAAGGACGCGUGGCUCUGAGCGUGGGUCAUCCACGCGGAACAAAUUCGCGCUAUGUGAUUGGCUGUUGUCUAAUCCCCCUUGGGAUCUGUGGUCUUAAAAAUAACACGAGACGAAUUACCUAUGGAAUAGGGCGUGUAUGGGGGAUGCCUUCUCUGUCCCCUUUAUCCUCUCUUGUCCUGAGAGAAUAUUCAGUGUGUUAAGUAUUUCCCUGCUGUACUUUUAGCUCUAUACAAGAGAGGAAGGGCCAUUCUUUUUUAAUUUCCGUUUCGCUGACACAGCUUUAGCAUAAAUCACUCUUUAGUCGUUUUCGUCGACAAAACGAAUAGCAAUAUCGCUCUCCGCGUCUUCCACCAUUUUUUUCUGCGUCAAUUCGUGAAGGACGCGCUGCUCUGAGCGUGGGUCAUCCACGCGGAACACGUUCGCGCUAUGUGAUUGGCUGUUGUCUAAUCCCCCUUGCGAUCUGUGGUCUUAAAAAUAACUCGAGACGAAUUACCUAUGGAAUGGGGUGUGUAUGGGGGAUACCUUCUCUGUCCCCUUUAUCCUCUCUUGCUUUAGUACCGUGAUGGAACAUCUUUAUUUCGCCCACAUUGUCUGGUAGGUGUUAGUGAUUUUCAAGGAAGCAUUUUAGAAAAUGCUUUGAUGGCAACCGUUACGAAAAAGAAAGGUAAACCUAACAUGUUUGAUCGCUUUCUCACAUGUGAUACAUGUUUAAAGGCUUAAAAAUAACAUUAUGAUGAAGUGUUAGAAUUUUGCAUCAGUUGCACGUACUUGUUGGCAUAAAAGAAAGGAAAGUUGUUUGGGAGAAAAGCACAUGUAAAUUAGCAGCGUAUGCUAUGUAUCCAGAUCUUUGUUUGGUGGAUAAUUGUUUGUACGUCUCCUCUUGUCUCUCAAAGAGGUAACUGAGGAGGCCAGCGCAUAAAAAUUAAUUAAAAUAAAAACUUUAAACACGUUGAGCCCAAAAAUCGUUUUUUCUUCUCACCUCUUCUCACCGCCGGUGGCCCUCUUAGCAAUUAUUUGCUUAGAAAAACUUGGACGUCUAUGUGCUAUCGAUAUGCGACCGCAAACACGAUCCAGUAACCCAAGCCAGGAACAGGCAUUUACACCUUUUUCCUAACAUUCAUUUAAAAACAAGACGCUGUAAAGGCUUUCACUUGGUCGUAAAACGUUUAACUCUGAUUUCCUGACAUAGAGUCAAACGUUAUGUUCUCUACAAAAUUAAAUUUCUAAUACAUCUUUUUAAAUAUGUCACUCUCUCUUCAUUUAACCUUAAAAUGGCUUUAAUAAACUUAUUUCUUUAACAAGUGCUUCACCUUUCAAAUCCAGGGCAAGAUUAGCCACGGCCUCGAUUUAAGUGAACGCGCUACGGAUCCUGAGGCCCGGGCGUCCAAACGAAUCCGGAUAUUUUUACGACCACAUAUUUUCUUUGUACGAAUGGCCUCCAGUCCACACGAAACAGGCGUAUCCUCUCACCGCCGAAACUGCUGCCUCUCUUUGAAAAAGAUAUUUUCAAAUUAAAUUAACGUUAUUUCCGUAAUUUAUUUAACACAUUCCUUUGCACAAUGAUAAAGAAAUUAAUUGCGAAAAACGUGGACAAAGAUCCUGCUGGUUGUCAACGUUGGAUCUCUAAAAAAGAGAUCUAAUCAGCUAAAAUAUUUAAAACCAACAAACGAGAACUAUUAGAAAGUUGAUCAUAAAAAGGUGCAUUGCUUUUUUUAUAACAAUAUUUCGGCUGGCCAUAUCAGCUUUCUUCAGGAUUUUGUUUUCCUCUGCACACCCCAUCUGUUAGACCACGAGCUGUCUUUCCUUUCUCUUAGUCCGUCGAGGGAAAUGCGCGAGACACGAAAAUGACCAACCGCGUGACGCGAGGGUGCCGCCCCUGUCGACGCCUCGACCUCUCGUAAGAAAGUGAAGUCUCUCACGAAACUGAUUCUUUCGGGAGGAGGCAAAAAAGAUUGAGUACUUAGAUUCUUGUUCGCAUUCAAACCGGUAAAACUCGUCCAGAAAUACCAUCAGGCUCAGCUGAACGCUUUGAUCAAUAGUUUCGAAGAGAACAGAAAAAAAGAGCCGGGAUAUGCAAUAGAUGCGUGCUUCCUUCUACCUACUCCGCUACCGAAAAAGUAACUGAAAUUAUGCCCAACGUCCUUGUUAAAAGAACUCGAGUCUUCGUAACGGUCAUUUUAAAAAUACAUAGUACUCGUUGUUUCAAAACAAAACCGUGGUCAAUACCGGUAAGCCGUGUCUCAAUUUGGCCAACCCCGAUAUCUCAACGCCUUCAGUCUUGAAGGCACAAAUGUAAUAACUCGUAACAAAUGUAAUAAAGGUCACAAGUGUAAUAAUAUUCGCUCACAAAUGUAAUAAAAUUCACAAGUGUAAUAACAUUUAAUCAAAAGUAUAAUAAACAUCUAUUACAACGUCAUCCUGUCAGUUAACACCACCUGUCAGUCAAAUUGUUUUGCUAUCUGCAUUGUCCCUUGUCUCCUUUGUAAUAGAUUGAAAAUAUUUUGUAAGGAAAAAAAAAGUCAAAUGGACAGAAACAUGAUUCGGUUUUUGUAUAUCUUAGAACUCGGCAGUUUAUAGGACAAGGCCUAAAAUCUAUGUAGUGCAAAUAAUGGCUCACUCGCCGUGCUCAAUUCAAAUAGGCCAUUUUACAGUUAUGGAUGGAAGCGAGGGUGAGGGUGACCUUGUUUUGAUACAAACCUUCUUUGCUUUGUUAUGGAAAUUGUUCUUGAAAAAUACUAGGAAGCAUAAUUAGGAAGCAUAAGAAUAACUUGAUUUACAUAAUAAAGCAAGGAGGUUUGUAUCAAAACAAGGUCACCCUCAGCCUCGCUUCCAUCCAUAACAGUAAAAUGGCAUAUUGGCAAAUAUGAUUAUAGUCUAAAAUCUAAAUUGAAAAAAAGUGUUAUAUCUCUGAAAUUUAUUCCUAAUUGUUCAAUGAAUUAAUUCUUUGUAGUGUAUUUUAAUCAGAAAAGCCAAAGAUUUUCGUAGGCAUUCGGACCAAAGAUUGAGGGCUACAAGAAAUUUAACUUCAUCAUACGAAUCUAGUUUCAUGGUCAUUGCAGGAUGUGUUGCUGCAUACAUGCAUGUUCCAUGGGUAAAUACUUGACAUCUGCUUUGUAUAAAGAAGAAGUCUGAAAUCCAAGCGAAGGAGGCACACAGAAGAAAGGGAUUUAUUUUUUAUAUUCUUGUUUUCCUCUUUGUUUUAGUUUUCUUCUUCGAUUUGUUUGUUUUUGUUUGGUUGUUUUUUCACUAAUAUUUUUCAUUUGCAUUAAAACUCUUCCUAUUUGAAUUUCAAUUGUUGUGAAGAGUACCCGACUAAAAACGUUAUCUCCCAGGUAUAAUGCAGAUUAUAGGUAUAAGGUUUGUAAUUUUUGUCAUCUUGACCAUUAAAAACAAACGAAUAGUUAUGUUACUUUCGACUGAUACCUCAAAAUUCUGUUAGUUCCAUAAAUGAACAACGGUGAAAAAUUUUUUGUACCAACCGUGACUUAAAGUAAAUUUACUCCAAAGUAAGCGUGCUGAUGUUUUGAUUCACAGCUCCUUUAAUAUGUUUUCGAACAAAGAAGUUGACUCAGAGGCAAGGCUUUGUAACAAAAGGCAUAUUUUCUUGCUCAUUCUAAGCGCGCCUUAUUUCAAAGGAUGAAAAAUAGUCAGUGCAGUUCUUUUAAACGGUGAAAUUUGCGGACCCCGUGAACUACUCCCCUCUCCUAGCACGCGACCUGAAUUCUGGCCCUUUCGACUAAAUUGCGCUCAUUUUGAUAUGAAAGAUAUCUUUCCCCUGCACAAGUUAGGUUUCAAGUGUCAUUCCAAUCUGCUCGAUGUUUCCCCUCACUUUGUAAAAAAGGAAAAGGAAUGGCUGAUACCAAAACAAUCGUGCGUAAGUGUCAUUUACUUUUUUGCUUUGUUAAGACUUUUGUUACAUUUGUGCAUUCAACAAUCCUCCUAAACUUCUAUUAUUCCACAAUGUGUCUGUAAAAUGUUAUCUAUAUAGCUUCUUACACAGCCGAGAGUUUUAAAAGAUGUAGUACGAGCAAAAUAUUGCCUUAUGGCUUUAUUCAUAGAUACACAUGUAGGUGUCACCCGCGGCGUUAAGAAUAGAAAGGGGCACGCUGGGAGCCUCAUUUCUAAAUUUUCUCUAUCCUGAAACUGAGGCGAUAACCUGGAGUCAUGCAAUGGCCAAUUAUAUAAGACGAUGGCUAAGACGAUUAUUUACCAUUACAACCUAGUAGUCAAGAUUUAUUAUUUUUAAACUGGUAAUUUUCUUAACGUUCUACUUUUUUCUUUUUUGUUCUCGCCCCUGAAAUGUCUGUCCUGAUAACUUAACAUGUUCACUAUAAACUGAAAAUGCAUUUUUAUUUAUGAACUUGUGUACUCAAAUGUAGAUUCCUAUCCUUAAUUUAUGACCUUGCUGUUCAAAGUGCCGCCUAAAAAUCUCUUAAUUAUUUCGCAUGAAUUAAGAAGUUUCCGCGCACUUUAUUCGUGGUUAACUCAUCCUUACUCCUCCCCUAAACGGCCCAAAACCCUCACCGUCCACUAGUUAGGUUUUAUCUCCACCUUAGCUCAACAAUUUAAUCUUUAGUUCCCAAUUUGAAUGUCACUCCUCCUCAUUAACAUUGAGGUGUAUUGUAUGUUUUUCUCUGCAGGUAAAACAUAAUCAGCCAUGAGAAGCAACUUUAUAUUUGUCGUUAUUUGUACUCUUAUCUCACUGCUUCUAUUGUAUUUAUACAACAAAGUUGGAAGGAAAUCAUUAACACCACUGUUAACUGACUUUCAAAAGACCAACAGUACAAUGGAGUGUGCAACACCGCUGCCACAAAAACCUUUUUCUACAAGGAAAAAUCUCAUCAUAAUAAGUCCAGGCCGCGGAGGCUCCUCUUUCCUUGGAUCACUUUUUAAUGAAAAUCCUUAUGUCAUGUAUUCCUUUGAACCUUUUUUUGCCAUAACUGGAAAAAUUUUCCAUGUUGAUUUGGUUAAAGGAGAGAAAGAACCAAAGAAUUACAAACAAGCAUUCCUCCGGGUAAUCGAUGGUUUCCUCAAGUGCGACUUCACGAACUUCUCUAAGACUACUAUAUCGGCACUUUUAAGGGACCGGUGGCAUCUUCUCCAUAGUAAGGCACUUUCGAACAAAAAUUUGGCGCGGUUUUCAAGAACUUUGCUUACCACUACUUGUGAAAAUCACAACUACACUGUUAUAAAGAUUUUGUCUGCACGAGUACCCAACAAGACAAUAGAAACUUUAAGGGAACUUUUCCAAGAACAAAGCCACUACAACGUCAAAGUUGUCCAUUUAGUUCGGGAUCCAAGAGCAGUAGUGAACUCCAGGGUAAAUCUCAAAUGGAUGAAAGAUCAUUUGCAUCCCAGCUUUAGUGAUAAUGUGCGAAGAAUUUGUAAUCCGAUACUACAGAAUAUUCGCUUUGGAUUGUUGUUUCCCCCUCCCUGGCUUAAGAACCGCUUUCUGAUUAUUCGCUAUGAGGAUCUUGUGGAAAAUACGGUAAAUAUCACACGGGAACUAUACCGGUUCGCAGAAUUUGAUUGGUCAGCGAGCAUUGAUAAAUGGAUAAGUAAACAGGCAUACAAUUCAAAACAAGGAACAGAAUACUCUGUUUUCAGGAAUGCCACAGCCGCCAUUCAUGGUUGGAAAAACGCACCAAUGCCCUUUAUAAAGGCGGUAGAGGAUGAAUGCAGAGAUCUUAUGGAUUUCCUGGGCUAUGAGAAAUACACCUAUUAG